AUGAACUACAACACAUAUAACACGCCUCCCGGCCAUCCGGGAGCAGGAUACUACGGAUUCAGCGCGACCCCAUCGCCUGCUGCAUCACCAUCAGGAGGAGCCCACGGUUUCUACGCGCCACGAAAUGGUCCAUCUCCAAGACACUCACACACGCGACAUACAUCAAGUGGAGAUACCUACGGGUAUACACAGUCUCCACGCGCGUUUUCUCCCCGGUACAAUUCCAAGGGAGAUUACGCGACAGCUGCCAAUGUGAGUCGAAACAAAAGUUCUUGGUCUGGUCAACGUCAGGAGUCGAGGCAGCGGCGCAGUUCUUUCUCCCAUCGGACCCCUUACAAUCAUGGGGAUUCCGACGAGGAUGAAUAUGAAUAUGUCGAGUAUGUGAUUGAUGGUGUGAUCUACCGAGCAGCACGCCGGCCGACGAAAACAACUCACAAUUAUCGCGGGCAUGGAACUGACCACUAUUACUCCCAGGGUCAGACAUAUGAUAGGGAUGAAUAUGAUGAAUCGCCACAAUACCAGCCAUCACCAAGACGACGUCGACAGUCAUCCUCGACACCACAACGACCAACAUCAGCGCGAACUUCCGCGACACCAAAGAAACCGCCACCAGCUCCCAAGGCAACCGAAGCUGACGCGCGCAAACAUCGCAUUCCUCCAGGAUACUCGCUAAAGAACUGGGAUCCUUCAGAAGAGCCUAUUAUGCUUUUGGGCAGUGUCUUUGACGCCAACAGUCUGGGUAAAUGGGUGUAUGAUUGGACAGUAUAUCACCAUGGACCUGCAACCCCAAUCGCCGACAUGGCUGGUGAACUCUGGUUGCUUUUGAUCCAAUUGGCCGGCAAAGUCAAGCGAGCGGAAGAAUGCAUGCCACGCAUUAGGAAGGAGGAGAAUAGGGAAAUGGUGGAGGACUUUAUUGAAUCAGGAGAAAGAUUAACGGAUAAGCUCAAGAAGCUUUUGAAGGCCUGCGAAACGCCCAUGUUGAAGGCAGGCAAGAAACAUGGAAAGGAGUCAGCUCAGUUGGGCAAGAACGCAGGAACCGAGUUUGUCGACUCCAUCUUUGGACGCGACCGUCAACUUGAACAAACCGAGAAGUUCAUGUCAUCAAUCAGACUUUGGAACUUGCGAUUUGACGCCAACUGCGAGGACAUCCUCAGGAGACCACAACAAUAG